GGACCCUCGCAGCUUUCCGUCCAAUUCCUGCUCCUUUGAGGCCGAGGGGAAGCCAGCCGGCGCUGCUGUGGGCUGCGACUGCGGCAGAGGCGGCGAUGCACGAGCGUCACCAACUUAAUUCAGUUGCCUGUGAUCUCAAAACAAUUGUUGCAGCAGGCUCCUGGCAGUCUUAAGCAGUUCAUCUUCUUGGUGUACUGUUUUCCUAUUGUGAUUUUAUCAUGGAAAAUCAAUUGACUAAAUCAAAUGAAGAACGAACAUUUCAGUACCAGGAUUCUCUUCCAUCACUGCCUGUUCCUUCACUUGAAGAAUCAUUAAAAAAAUACCUUGAAUCAGUGAAACCAUUUGCAAAUGAAGAAGAAUAUAAGAAAACUGAAGAAAUAGUUCACAAAUUUCAAAGUGGGAUUGGAAAAAAGUUGCACCAGAAAUUGCUUGAAAGGGCAAAAGGAAAAAGAAAUUGGCUGGAAGAGUGGUGGCUGAAUGUUGCCUAUCUGGAUGUUCGUAUACCAUCACAACUGAAUGUCAACUUUGCGGGUCCUGCACCUCAUUUUGAACACUACUGGCCUCCAAAGGAAGGCACUCAAUUAGAAAGAGGAAGUAUAAUUCUUUGGCAUAAUUUGAACUACUGGCAACUAUUAAGAAAAGAAAAACUGCCUGUUCACAAAGUUGGAAAUACUCCUCUAGAUAUGAAUCAAUUCCGAAUGCUGUUUUCUACCUGCAAGGUUCCAGGAAUUACAAGAGACUCAAUUAUGAAUUAUUUUAGUACUGAGAGUGAAGGGCAUUCCCCAAACCACAUUGUAGUGCUGUGUCGAGGCCGAGCUUUUGUCUUUGAUGUAAUACAUGAAGGAUGUUUGAUCACACCGCCAGAGCUUCUCAGACAAUUGAUGUACAUCCGCAAGAAGUGCCAUAGUGAACCUGAUGGACCUGGGAUUGCAGCAUUAACUAGCGAGGAGCGAACUCAAUGGGCUAAGGCACGAGAAUAUCUGAUUGGUCUUGAUCCAGAGAACUUGACUUUGUUAGAAAAAGUUCAGAGUAGUUUACUGGUGUAUUCCAUGGAGGAUAGCAGUCCACAUGUAACACCAGAGGAUUAUUCUGAGAUUACUGCAGCCGUCCUUAUUGGAGAUCCAGCAAUACGCUGGGGUGACAAAUCCUAUAACUUGAUUUCCUUUUCUAAUGGAGUAUUUGGCUGUAAUUGUGAUCAUGCUCCUUUUGAUGCAAUGGUUAUGGUGAACAUCUGUUAUUAUGUGGAUGAGAAAAUUUUUCAGAAUGAAGGAAGAUGGAAGGGUUCAGAGAAGGUACGAGAUAUACCACUUCCAGAAGAGCUCAUUUUCACUGUGGAUGAGAAAGUAUUAAAUGACAUCAACCAAGCUAAAGCCCAGUAUCUCAGGGAGGCAUCUGAUCUACAGAUUGCAGCUUUUGCCUUUACAUCUUUUGGCAAAAAGCUAACCAAGAAGAAGAUGCUUCACCCGGAUACAUUUAUUCAGCUUGCACUUCAGCUGGCCUAUUACAGACUUCAUGGACAGUAAGGACCUUUUAUUUUCUAUUUUCACAGUCCAAGGGCAUAUCUUUUUCAUAGCUAUUUCAUCUUAACUCCUCAGUGUUUAUGCUCACCUUUUUUCCAGCUGGUACUGUGUCCUAUUUGUAC